UGAUCAAUUUAUUUAUGAUCGACCGAUCAGUUUUGUAUGACGCUUGAAAAUUUUCAACUCUUUCGAUUUUCUUUUGAGCAAUGAUUAAUUUGAGUACAUUACAAUUGAAAAUGUUCCACAACGGUAUGAUUGUUGGUCGAAUUGUUACUCGUAAUAUGGCCACAAUGCCGGUGGAUGUGCCGAAAAAAUCUUAUGAACUUGUCAUUGUUGGUGGUGGAGCAGGUGGUCUAUCCAUUGCAUCUCGUUUUGUUCGUUAUUUGCGUGCAUUAAAAAAACCACCAAAUUCAAUUGCAGUUAUUGAACCACGAGAUACACAUUUUUAUCAACCAUUAUGGACAUUGGUUGGUGCUGGAAUAAAAGAUCUUUCAGAAUCAGGUCGGCCAAUGGCACAGGUAAUGCCAAAAGGUGUUGAUUGGAUUAAAGAAGCAUGUUCGAAAAUUGAUCCCGAAUCUAAAAGUGUCAUAUUAUCCGGAGCAACUGGAACUGUUAAUUAUCGAUAUUUAGUUGUAGCUGCUGGUAUUAAUAUUGAUUGGGAUAAAGUGGAAGGUUUAUUACCGGCAUUAGAACAGCCAAACAAUGGUGUCUGUUCCAAUUAUUCGGAUCGUUAUGUUAUGAGAACCUGGCAAACAAUGAAACAAUUUCAAGGUGGUAAUGCAAUAUUUACGAUGCCAAAUACACCAAUCAAAUGUGCUGGAGCACCGCAGAAAAUAAUGUAUCUAACCGAUGCACAUCUUUGCAAAAAUGGUGUUCGAGAUCGAACAAAAAUCACUUAUUACACAUCAUUACCAGCAGUUUUUUCCUCAAAACCUUAUUCUGACGCUUUGACAGAAUUGUGUCGAAAACGCGAUUUAAAUAUUAUGACUCGUCAUAAUCUUGUUCGUGUUGAUUCGCAAAAACGAUUGGCCUAUUUUGAACAUUUAGAUCGACUGGAUGAUCCAUUAUCCGAAGUAAAAUAUGAUAUGCUUCAUGUAACACCACCAAUGAGUGCACCAAAAUUUCUUAAAUCAUUGGCCAAUGAUACAAGUAAUGGAUUUGUUGCUGUUGAUCCUCAAACACUUCAACACGUUCAAUAUGAAGAUAUAUUUGCAUUAGGUGAUUGUUCAUCAUUGCCAACAUCGAAAACAGCCGCAGCAAUUGCAUUGCAAAACUCUAUUCUAGCCAAGAAUCUAUUACAAUACAUACAAUAUAAAGAAAGUGAUAACAUUGGUGGAUCAAAGCUUAAGUUCAAAGCAAUCUAUAAUGGCUAUUCAUCCUGUCCAAUCGUAACUGGUAAUGAACGAUGUAUUAUGGCCGAAUUCGAUUAUGAUUUCAAACCAUUGGAAACAUUUCCGUUUGAUCAAUCAAAAGAACGUCGAACAAUGUUUUUAACGAAAAAAUAUAUGUUACCAUUUGUCUAUUGGAAUGCUAUGUUGAAAGGAUAUUGGAGCGGGCCAUCAAUAUUUCGAAAAAUAAUGCAUCUUGGAUUCAAGUAAAACAUCUAGUAAACAACAUUAUAAUUCAAUCAAUGAAUGAAAAAAUCUGAUUUUUUUAUUAUUAUUAUUCAAAUUUUAUCUCGAUUAAA